AUGGAAGAUAAAAAUUCAAUAAUAAAAGCAUACAUCCAUUACAAAAGUUUCAUAGCUGGUGCCUGUUUUACUUUAAUAUCCCAACCAUUCGAAGUAAUGCGUACAUCCAGUGUAUUUUUAAACUAUCGAGGUAUAUAUCCAUCCGAGCUCUGGUCCAUAAUGAAAUAUAUAUAUAGAAAAGAAGGUAUUAAAGGCUAUUUUCGCGGCGGUACCAUCUGUUUAUUAAAAUCUUCAUUUGGUCUAGGCAUAUUUUUUAACGGAAUAACCAAUUUACCCUUAAUAAUGCAUACAUUACCUAAAUAACCUGAAAAAUAUAUAUAUAAUGGAUUUGUAAAUUUCUUUAACGGUUCUGUUGCAAUGCUUUUUACGACUUUAUUUACUACUCCAUUGACUGUUUUGAAGACUCGAUUUGAGGUAAUAGGACAAAAUGAAUAUAAAAAUAUAAUAUAAGCGGCUUAAAAAAUAUAUAUAGAUGAAGGAUUAAAGGGAUUUUAUAGAGGUAUAGGGCCUAUGUUAAUGCGAGAUUUGCCUUUUAGUGGAGCUAUUUCUGCAACUAUAGCCAUUAUUAUUUAUUAUCCUUUUGAUAAUAUUAGAGUUAGAUAUCAGGGGGUUAGAGGAGAAAGUAAAAGCUAUUUUAAUUUAGUUAGAUUUAUAUAUAUUGAUGAGGGGCUUUAAGGAUUUUAUAGAGGUUUUUUGCCCAGAAUGCUUAAAAAAGGAGCAUAAGGAGCAAUCGCAUGGACUAUUUAUGAGUAUUUAAAAAAAGAUAAUUUGGAUAAAAAAUAAUUGUAGUAUAAUAGAAUUUGA